CCUAUAGCUCAGCACCAACCCGAGUCGUCCACACACCACAUCAACAAACACGAAGCGGAAGAGGCGAAAGCAAAAGCCAAGACUCGGCUUUCCUCUCGCUCGCCGCUCGCUGCUCUCUGCUCUCUAGGCCGUGCGCAGGGCACACGCUUCCCUCACUCCCCCGCCUUUCGUCGUACCUCGAUCGAGGCGAGCUGAUAGGGAGUGAGCUACCCCUACGGAAGAAGGAAGAAGGAAGGCACACAAGUUCGUGUGCAGCAGGGCGAGAUGGCGGGCGCGCUGGGCGUGAAGGCGACGCCGUUCACCUACGCGGCGCACGCGCUGGGCGCGGCGGCGGCGGCCAUGGUGCUCGUCUGGUGCAUCCACUUCCGCGGCGGCCUCGCCCUCGAGGCGGUCAACAAGAACCUCAUCUUCAACGUCCACCCUGUUCUUAUGCUCAUCGGCUUCAUUAUCCUUGGCAGUGAAGCCAUCAUGGUCUACAAGGUAUUUCCGGGACUGAGCCACGACACGGCCAAGCUGACCCACCUGAUCCUCCACGCGAUCGCCAUCGUCCUCGGCGCCGUCGGGAUCUACUGCGCCUUCAAGUUCCACAACGAGAGCGGGAUCGCCAACCUCUACAGCCUGCACUCCUGGCUCGGGAUCGGAGCCAUUUCUCUCUACGGAAUCCAGUGGAUAUUUGGGUUCGUGACGUUCUUCUUCCCCGGGGCGGCGCCGGACGUGAGGCGCGGGGCUCUGCCGUGGCACGCGCUGUUCGGGCUCUUCGUCUACGUGCUCACGCUGGCGACGGCGGAGCUCGGGUUCCUGGAGAAGAUGACGUUCCUGCAGAGCUCCGGGCUCGACAAGUACGGCGCGGAGGCGCUCCUGGUCAACUUCACGGCCCUCGUCGUCGUGCUCUUCGGCGCCGCCGUGGUCGUCGCUGCCGUCGCUCCCGCGGCUAAGGUGGAGGAGCCGGAGGGAUAUGCUCCGAUCCCAGUCAUCGGUUAGUAGCAUCCUAGUACGUGGCUACGUGCUACUGAUCGUCGAAAGUCCAGAAGCGAGACCGCGUGUGCGAUUGGUUCCACGAGAUCGGGUGUAAGCACAGAACUCACGUCUGAUUUGUGUGUAUCAGCUGAACCGUACGAUUUGAUUACUGAAAACUGCAGUGGUACCUUUGAAAGAUCAUGAGAUGGCUUGAUAA